ACGCGAUUCUCUCUCUUCUCCUCUCUUCUCUCUCAUCUCAAUCGAAAGCGAAAUCGAACUGCGAACAAAAUUAAAUCAUUUCACAAGAAAAAGGGAUCCGAAUACAACAAGAACCAUACUAAUUUCAGACCCCAAUUCUGGUUUUCAGCUCAUCCUUUCCUCAUCUCUCCCUUGUAACCGAAGAGUUGGACCAGGAUUUCAGGAUUAGGGUUAGGGUUAGGGUUUGUUUUUUUCUUCGUUUAAUCUACGUAGUUUGUGCAUGCGAGGGCUUGGAUCAGAAAAGCGUAUGUAUGGGAGUGUUGGUAUUUGGAUAGAGUGGAAUAUGGGGCUUUGACUAUGGGACGCGCCACGGAUGGGUUGAGUUCUGGUUAUUGUUGGUGAUGACUAGAGACCGAUGUCACCUGGGAAAGAAGAUGAUGGGUAGGGGUGCGGAUGGAGGUUGUGGUACUGAGGAGAGGCCUUGUUCAGUGGCACGAGUGCCGAACAGAAUAACGUUGGCCCAAACUCAAACACACGAGGAGAAGUUGUCUACUGUGGACAUUGAUUAUUACGCGCAGGCUCAAAAGGCUUUAUGUGACCGUUCGCCAUUUGAUGUAGCGGAAGAAACUUCAGCUCCUUGUGUGUCUACUUUGCCCAGUAGGUUGGGUAACUUCUUGAGUAGACAUACGGGUGGUAAGAAACGGCAGAGAAAAUCCAAUUCCGGGGCAGACAAGAAGUCUUCUAGACAAGGUGAAAGGUCGCGUGGCUCCAACAUUUGGGUUGAGACAGAGGAAUAUUUUAGAGACUUGACGCUGUCUGAUGUAGACACUUUGCGUGCAGCGUCUUCCUUUAGCGGGUUAGUGUCUAGGAAAUGUUUUUCAAUUCCCUCAUCAGGAAAUGUCCCAGAAGCAAAUGUGGGUGGCAGUGAGAAUGUUAGUGACGAGAAUACGGAUGGGGCCAUUGUUAAAGACGAGGUUGAGGAUGAUCGUUUGUGUCCGGAUGUGGGCAUGGUUGAAGCCAGUGGCUCACUUCUGGAGGACAAGGGUUGUUCGAAUUUGGAUUCUUCUUGCGGCUUAGAAUGGCUUUUAGGCUGUAGGAAUAAGGUGUCUUUAACUUCGGAGAGGCCUUCAAAGAAGCGGAAGCUUCUAGGUGGUGACGCAGGGUUGGAAAAAGUUCUGGUUGCUUCUUCUUGCGAUGGAAACUCAUCUUUAUGCCACUUUUGCUCCAAGGGCGGUACUAACAAAGGGUUAAACCCGUUAGUUACUUGCAGUCGUUGUCAUGUGGUGGUUCACAAGAAGUGCUAUGGCAUUAGAGAGAAAGUCAAUGGAUCCUGGUUGUGUUCUUGGUGUAAGCAGAGGGAUGAAAUUAAUGAAUCCACGAAACCUUGUUUGCUCUGUCCCAGGCAGGGUGGUGCUCUGAAACCUGUACACAAAAACGUUGACAGUGGAGUUUCUGUUGAAUUUUCUCAUUUAUUUUGUAGUCAGUGGAUGCCAGAGGUAUAUAUAGAGGACUUGACGCAGAUGGAGCCUCUUAUGAAUCUGGGAGGCAUUAAAGAAACCCGGAAAAAGUUAGUAUGUAACAUAUGCAAAGUCAAGUAUGGAGCCUGUCUUCGGUGCAGCCAUGGAACCUGCAGAACCUCCUUUCAUCCAAUUUGUGCAAGGGAGGCUAGAAAUAGAAUGGAGGUCUGGGCAAAAUAUGGGUGUGAUAAUGUUGAGCUUCGUGCUUUCUGUUCAAAGCACUCUGACAGUUGGGACAGGAGUAGCGGCCAAUGUCCUUCUGAAGCUGUUAACAGUAGCUCAUAUGUUGUCAACCACCUUCCAGUAACAUUGUCAAUUAACAGGCCACAAAAAUUAGUAGGGAGAAGGAACAUUGAUAACCUUUUACUCUGUAAGGAGGCUUCUGAUACGAAUUCUGGAAAAUUGAAUGGUGGGGAAUCAGAAAAUAUAGGAUCCACUGAUCCCAGUUUGAAUGCUGAUUGUGUUGAUACACACAAGUCUACUGUCCAGGGGGUUGAGGAUGUUAACCCACUUGACUCCCUUAAACUUGCAUCAAUUAUGAAAAAGUUGAUUGAUCAAGGAAAAGUGAACGCUAAAGAUGUAGCAUUAGAAAUUGGCAUACCACCUGAUUUAUUAUGUGCAAAACUUGCUGCUGGCAACCUUGUCCCCGACUUGAAAUCCAAAAUUGUCCGAUGGCUAAGAAGUCAUGCUUAUAUUGGCACCUUGCAGAAAAAUUUGAGAGUCAAACUCAAGUCGGCCGUUCUAGCUAAAGCUGUUGAUGGAUCUGCUGAUCGUUCAGACUCAUUGUCAGUACCUGAUUCUGAUAAUUCAGACCUUAUUGCUAAUAAGAUGGUUACACUUAGAAGAAAAACUAAAAGCAAUAUUAGCCAUUUGAAGAGUGACGAAAUCAAAUCUUCAUCUGAAGAAACUUUAGGUGGCCAUUGUCUAGUUAUGCAAAGUGAUACCUUGGACCAGCAAGCUUGUGAAGAACAAGGUGAUUCAAAUAAGGAAUGCAUCCAAGACGCUUGUGAGAAGCAUUUAAAUGAGCAUGAUAGUUCUCAAGAUACUCCAAGGAAUUUGCCAAAUGAUGUAGAAGGUGAUUUCUUGGAGUGUUCUGUUUCUGGCCAUAAUUCUUCAGUAAGUGCAGUUCAUGGAAAGGCUGGAGAGUCCCCUAAUUCUUAUUUUCAUCCAUAUGUCCAAGAGAAAAUGGCACAUAUGUUGGAUGCAAAGCUUCUAAAUCUGUCUGAAGGAGAGAUGUCAUGGCAAGCAUCUUCCAGUGCUGGCGUUUGCUGUGAUCACCAACGCCUGCAUUUUGACUGCAAUGGCACGAGUUACAAAUCUGGUGGAUUUAAUCCAAAGCAGCUAGUCAAUAAAAAAAUAGGUGGAAUCAUAAAGUUGUCUCCAGAAGAUGAAAUUGAAGGAGAAAUUAUAUUUUAUCAGCUCAGAUUACUUGCAAAUGCAGUUUCAAGAAAGCGGUUCACUGACUAUUUAAUUUGUAACGUUGUUAAGAGUCUUCCAAAGGAGAUUAAUGAAGCACGAAGUACUAGAUGGGAUGCUGUUCUUAUUAAUCAGUAUUUUGGUGAGCUUAGAGAAGCAAAGAAACAGGGUAAGAAAGAGAGAAGGCAUAAAGAAGCACAGGCUGUACUAGCUGCUGCAACGGCUGCUGCUGCUGCCUCUUCUAGGAUGUCAUCAUUCAGAAAGGAUGUAUGCGAAGAAUCUGCUCAUAGAGAGUUGAUGCCUCGUGCAAAAGAAACACUUACUAAGGUUGCUCUCCCAAAAACUUCAUUAGAGUCGGACUUCUGUAAAGAACAUGCUAGAUCCUGUGACAUCUGCAGGCGGCCAGAGACAAUGUUAAAGCCAAUUUUAGUCUGCGCAAGCUGCAAGGUUUCAGUACAUCUGGAUUGCUAUCGGACUGUUAAAGAGUCCUCAGGUCCAUGGUAUUGUGAGUUAUGUGAAGAAUUGGCAGUAUCAAGAGGGUCUGGAACUCCAGUAGUCAAUUUUUGGGAGAAAUCAUAUUUUGUUGCAGAAUGUGGUCUAUGUGGUGGCACCACAGGUGCAUUCAGGAAAUCAUCUGACGGCCAGUGGGUUCAUGCCGUAUGUGCAGAGUGGGUCUUCGAAUCAACUUAUAAAAGAGGUCAAGCAAAUUCUGUGGGAGGAAUGGAGACAGUUUCAAAGGGGGUGGACUCUUGCUAUAUUUGUCACCGCAAGCAUGGUGUCAGUUUGAAGUGUAAUUAUGGUCAUUGUCAGACCACUUUUCAUCCCUUAUGCGCUAGAAGUGCUGGAUGUUACAUGACUGUAAAGACUUCGGGUGGUAAGUUGCAGCACAGAUCAUACUGUGAAAAGCAUAGCGCAGAGCAGAGAGCAAAGGCUGAGAACCAAACACAUGGAAUCGAGGAAUUGAAUAGAGUCAAGCAAAUUAGGGUUGAACUUGAGAGGCUACGCCUACUCUGCGAGAGAAUCAUCAAGCGCGAGAAGAUCAAGAGGGACCUGGUUCUGUGUUCACAUGAUGUUCUUGCUUUUAAAAGAGACCAUGUAGCACGAUCCGUACUAGUUCGCUCUCCUUUCUUCCUACCUGAAGUUAGUUCUGAAUCAGCUACCACAUCAUUAAAGGGGCACGUGGAAGAUUUAAAAUCGUGCAGUGAAGCUGUGCAGAGAUCAGAUGAUUUAACUGUGGACAGCACAGUUUCCAUCAAGCACUGGAACAAAGUACCGUUGUCUUUGGACACUGAACAAAAGACGGACGACGAUAGUUCUACAUCUCAGAACCCAUUCCCCCCAAAAUUUGUAGACAGGGGUCAGUUUGCUGGGAAGCAAAUACCUCAGAGAUCUUCAACUUCUACAUCACGUAAUCUUGUAGAUGUUAGAGGAUUGAGGUUCAAGUCUAGAAAGCAUGCCGAGACAUUUCAGAAAGAGCUGGUAAUGACGUCCGACCAAGCAUCAAUGAAGAAUUCUCUUUUACCUAAGCAGUACCUGUAUGUUCCUGCUGAUGUCCUCGCCAAGGAGAAACAGGUCAACCAGGAAACAGGUUCUGCCGAGCCACCAAAAUGCGACAGGUAGUUGGGAGAAGGCAUUUCUUGUGUUUCAGAUUUCCACGUCGGACACCAAACAUCCAUAUUCCCGGACCCAUAUCUUGCUCGGAAACUGAGUCCGAGAACAAGUAACAUGGCUGAUGGAGAAGAGAAGAGCAGAGCAGCAGCACAGGGGGGAAGCUGGGAUGGACUCCAGCAGGGCGCCCGAGUUUGACUUGGGCAACGGAACUGGACGUUGAGUGUAAUUGUACAGUUGGGUGGGGAAGGUCAUAUAUGAUGUUGAAAUGGGGGCAGAUUGAGUUUUCCUUGUAUUUGAGAUUGUCUUCCUGGUUGGUUGAGUGGAGUUUUUAGAAGAGUAUUAGCCAUGGAGUGUUGUAGGAGUUGCAGGGAGGGAACAAGGAAAGAGUUGGUGCUGUGAUUUGUUUACCAUUGUAAAGUUUGGUGUAUAAUUGAACGCAAUCAACCUCUGUCCAUCCUCUUCAAACCCCAACUCACGCCCACUUUUAAUUACUACAAUAAUCCCAACGCCCAACCCCAUAAUUUCUUCUA